AACUGAUAAUAUUAAGAACUGUUUAGUUAUUUGCCUGCAAUCAAAGGUCAGAGAGGGAAUCUGUAUGCCUAUUUAAAUUUAUCAGUAGAUCCUACAAGUGAUCCAGAGAGAUUAACUGUCUUCAACCACUGAGAUACAGUUUUAUUUCAGCUUCUUCAGAGAGAAACGGCAUUCACCAUGUCCGAUAAAUGUCGCCCCCGUGGGCUACCCAGCAAAUUUAAAUUCAUCAAAGUUGAAGGAGAGGGCGGCUUUGGGAAGGUGGUGAAAUGUAUUGACUUAGAGACCCUACAUUUUGUGGCAAUAAAGAUGCCUAAACGGUGGUCCAAUACACCAAGAAUGAGCUCGCCAUUCUGGAAAAAAAACAUGUCCCACAAACUUGACAAACUCCACAUUGUCAAGUAUAUCGAAUGUUUUCCGACCUUCUUUGGAAAGGCACUGGUGUUUGAGUCACUAGAUAUAAGCCUAUGUCAAUUCGUGUUUCUGCACAACUGUGAACCUAUGAGUCUGAGUGACAUCAGUCAUCAUCAAACAGUUGGCCACAGCAUUUGAUGGGCUGAAGGAGAUUGGGGUGAUCCACACUGAUGUAAAAUCAAACAACAUCAUGAUGGUGAAUCAUUACCGACGACCCUUCGAAGUCAAACUGAUUGACUUCGGUCUGGCCAUUCCCACGUGAGACGCUGAGAAGAUCAGAGGAAAGCAACUGAUAUAUGUCGCUGCCCCAGAAAGUUUUUUGGGUGCUGAGUUGAAUGAGGCCAUGGAUAUGUGGGCCCUGGGCUGCGUCCUGUUCCAGAUGUUUGCUGGCAUUUUACCAUUCAGAGACAGUGAUGAGUAUGGGAUGGUGUCGAGAAUGGUUGAACUCCUUGGCAUGCCAUCGAACCAUCUUCUUACAAAGUGUAAAAAAGCAGGCACAUACUUCACUAAAACUUCCACAGGAGAUUGGAGGAUCAAGAGUCCUGAGGAAUAUUAUAAACGUCCACCACAAACAAGGUGGCAGCCGUCCACAUGUCUGGAUAACUUGAAAGAGAUGCGUCGGGGGAAAGACAACAGGACUGUGGCUGUUGAGCAAAGGCAGUGCAUCGAGCUCCUGAAGGCCAUGAUGACAUUCGAUGCAAAUGAGAGGAUCACUCCUCGUGAAAUCCUCAAUCAUCCUUUCAUCACCAAAGUCUAUCCGAAGGUCCAGACUUCAAUAAAGAGCUGUGCAAGUACACGUCCUGCCGCUCCCCUGAAUAAUAAAGCCAGGAGUAACAUCCGACCAGGCAACUGUACUCCAUCUCCUGCAACAGCUAAGAUCUCGGUUCGACCUGUGUCAGCCAAGAACACGAAGCUGCUGGAAGGUCAGGAGAGAACAGUUAGCAAGCCGACUGCUGCUCCCCUGGAGGAUGAAGCCAGCAGUAACAUCCGACUAGGCGACUGCACUCCAUCUCCUGAUAUUCUCACAGCAGCUGAGAUCUCGGUUCGACAGCCAAGAACACGACACUGCCUGACGAUCAGGAGAUUCCAGUUAGUUUUGAGUCUGGACUGAACAAGACGUCAGAGUCCUCAGUGAGCAACGCCGACAGUAACAGAACGAUAUCUGUGGAUUCAACCACAUGUGAAGACACUGGGCCAAAGGCGAAGGGGAAGAAGAAGAAGAACUGCUUCAGAGGACUUGUCUCUUGGUUGAGGAAGACAUUCUGCUGCUGUGUUUCCUGCGAUAAUGUUGAUUAGGGAUGUGUAAAGUAGUGAUCUGUGUGGGGUUUCUAUGGGAUAUUUUUCAGGGCUUUUGGGGGAGUUUUCCAAUCAAACUUGUCAUCGUUUGCUCAUUGUCCCUGUAUCUGCGUGGUUUUCUCCGGGCACUCCGGUUUUUCCAACAAACAUAAAUUAUGUUUGAAAAAAAAAAAUGCAGUUCAUCCAGGGACAGAUCUGAUUGCAGACAACCAUAUGUCAAUAUUUGCUUGGAAAAGCCCCCAUACCACCUGAAUGUCCCAUAACAAAUACAGCACAUUCCCUCCCAUCAGGUGAGAUUAUUUCCUCUGGUUAUGAAUUUAAUGGUCAUACCAAUUCAAAAUUCCUUGCUGCAACUUUGAGAAGUGAUGACAUUUACACGAAUGACACUCUAACCUUUUCUUGUGUGUGUUUAGUCUUUCAGUCUGGGCUGAACAAGACGUCAGAGUCCGUAACGAUCACCACCGACAGUAACAGGAAGACAUCUGAGGACUCAACCACAUGUGAAGACAUCGGGCCAAAGAAGAAGGGGAAGAAGAAGAGAAAUUGCUUCAGAUGACGGGUCUCGUGGUUAAGGAAGAACUUCAGCAGCUGUGUUUCCCCCAUUGAUUGGGGAUGUGUGAAGUUGUGUAGGGUUUCUUUAGCAUGGUUUUCUGGACUUCUGGAGAGUUGUGCAAUCGAAACCCUCACACAUCUUCCGUGGGCAGCAUGGUGGCUUAGUGGUCAAUUUUGACAUUGUGGCUUCACAGCAGAAGGUACUGGCUUUUUACGGGCCUCUGCUUGUCUGUGUAAAGCCUGCUCACUGUCCCCAUGUCUGCGUGGGUUUCCUCCGGGUGCUCCGGUUUCCUCCCACACUCAAUUAGAUCGGAUUUUAAAGUGAAACUGAAACCUAGGCUUUUUUGUGAACGUGCAUGAGUCAAACCUUCAUGUAAAAGCAUGAGUACGACGAAAGACGCACAGAUUUACUAUAUUUUCGUUUUCGGCUCAAACUCAUUUUAAAUGAGAGUGUAUGGGGCAAAUUAGCGAUA